AUGAAAAGCCAUGACUUCCCCUCUCUAGCCAUUGCUUUCUCUCUGCUUUUCGCGAUUUCAUCUGCUGAAGUUUUCUUCGAAGAACGCUUCGACGAUGGAUGGGAAAACCGUUGGGUUAAAUCCGAAUGGAAGAAAGAUGAGAACAUGGCUGGAGAGUGGAAUUACACCUCUGGCAAAUGGAAUGGAGAUCCGAACGACAAAGACCCUGAAGACAAGAAGCCAGAGAGUUAUGAUGACAUCCCAAAGGAGAUUCCAGAUCCUGAAGCCAAGAAGCCUGAAGACUGGGAUGACGAGGAGGAUGGCCAGUGGACUGCACCAACUAUCCCCAACCCCAAGUACAAGGGACCAUGGAAGCCAAGGAAACUUAAGAACCCCAAGGGCAAGUGGAAGGUGGAUUUUGAAACUGGUGACGAAUAA